UUUACAGUUGAUUCCGGUGCGCGAGUUGGCAGCCCCGCUCGUACACAAAAAACAGAGUUGACGUGGCCGGCGCAGUGACUACAUAAAAUAUUCGCAUAUUUCAUCACGGCAGCGAUUUAAUUAUUGCUAUUUAAAGCGACAGACGAAAAAGGUGAAAAUCGAAGAAACGAAUAAAGGAAAUUAAUUAAACACUAAAAAUGAGUUUGGUGUGGACUUUGAUCGCCGGAUUUCUCUAUGCGGAAAUCGCACUGGUGCUCCUGCUGGUCUUGCCAGUGGCCAGUCCCUACCGGUGGAACCGGUUCUUUAAGUCCAAAUUCUUAGCGAUGCUGGGACAGCAGGCGCACAUAUACUUUCUGCUGAUCCUGGGAAUGCUGGUCAUUUUCCUGCUGGAGUCCAUACGCGAGAUGAGGAAGUACUCGGGGCUGCAGGAGUCCAACGAGGUGCACCUGAACGUGGAGAUGCAGCACAGCAUGAAGAUGUUCCGUGCCCAGCGCAACUUCUACAUCUCCGGAUUCGCCAUUUUCCUGGCCCUGGUCAUCCGGCGAUUGGUGAACCUGAUCUGCAACCAGGCCAAUCUCCUGGCUCAGAGCGAGGCCUCCAUGAAGCAGGCACAGAGCGCCACUGCAGCCGCGCGCUCCCUGAUGGAGGACAAGAAGACCGAGAAGGCCAAGGAAGCCGGCGAGGAUACCACUCUCAUCGAGCUCAACAAGCUGCGCGAGCGCGUCCAGGAGCUGACCUCCGACUUGAACCGCGAGAAGAAGGACAAGGAGGCGGUUAAGUCGCAGGCGGAGAGCAUCAACCGCGAGUACGACAGACUCACCGAGGAGUACAGCAAGCUGCAGAAGAAGAUAACCAUCGGCGGAGGCGGAAACAAGGAUGAUUAAGCUCAAACUCUCUGGAUCCAAGUCCAACAUUUAAAUAACGAUAAGACUUAUAAGCAUGGCGGUGGGGCAGCGAAAGCAGGCACAUUUAAAAAGAUUAUAACGAUUUCAAAUCGAUAAACAGCACACACAUCUUAAUGUUAGUCCUCAUUCACACAACUCUACCAUUUGAUAGUGAUAAUGGGGUUUAUUGAUAAUGGUUCCCCCUUUAUGUUCGUUUCGCCUGAAGUUUUGUAUUUAAUUCGUAUGUGUUAAGUUUUGUUUGCCACAGUAACACACCCAAAAGCGUCGUGGCUAUUAAAAGAACAACCAAAAAGUA